AUGGCUGACAACCGCAAAUCCGUCCUGAUCACAGGCUGUUCUCCCGGUGGCAUUGGCCAUUCCCUGGCGCGAGAGUUCCACCGCAACGGGCUCCGCGUCUUCGCGACUGCAAGAGAUAAAAGUGCACUCAUCAGCCUCAAAGAACAGGGGAUUGAAACGCUGAGCUUAGUCGUGGAUAAGGAGGAGAGUAGGAAGGCAUGCCGUGAUGAAGUUGAGCUUUUGCUCAAGGGGAAAGGUCUUGAUUAUCUGGUUAACAAUGCUGGGUUAGGCUAUACCGUCCCUGUCUUGGACGUUAACCUCCAAGAAGCCCGAGAAGUCUUCGAGACUAAUUUCAUCUCAGUCAUUGCAAUGUGCCAAGAAUUCGCACCGUUGAUUAUAAAGGCCAAGGGCACAAUCGUUCAAAUAGGGUCCGUUGCAGGAAUAAUCCCAUAUGUCUUUGGAGGCGUUUACAAUGCGUCAAAGGCCGCCCUCCACUCUCUCAGUGAUUCUCUCAGAGUAACAACCAUAAUAACGGGCGGCGUGAAAUCUAACAUCGCGCGUGCAGCCCACACCCUCCCUGAAACCUCCCUGUAUCAGCCCGUCAAAGCCGAGUACGCACGACGCAUCGGCCACAGCCAGGAGGGCGCCUUGUCAAACGAAGCCUACGCACGAACCGUAGUGACCCAGGUCUUGGAAUCGGUCAACUCUUUUAUGGUUUUUGAAUUGCGGGUGGACGUGGUUUGGUUUGAUCCAGUGGUGGAUGUCCAGGACAUUUAA